AUGUCCUGCUUCAGCGGCUUGGAGGAAUGGUGCGAUUGCAUCCCGUUCUUGUGCCCACCAGUCGACGAGAGUCGGGAGCAGGAGGAGCUCUCUACUCUGAUCGGGUUCUUGGCCAAGGUCCCUCUGUUCAAGGAUCAGCUCCCGCCUGCGAUCCUGCCCGACAUAGCGAUGAAGCUCAAGCGACGCAGGUGGCAGCCUGGCAAGGAGAUUUGCCGACAGGGCAAAUCUGCCAAUGAGUUUUUCGUCGUCGAGUCUGGCAAGGCCCUCGUCUUCUGCGAGCGCAGCGGACUGAACGGGCCCUGCUCGGAGUUGACCGCUGGGGACUACUUCGGGGUGCGCAACCUGAUCGAAGGGGGUCGGGCCUCUUGGCAGAUCAGUGUCGUCAGCGCUGGACCAGGCGAGUUCGUCACGCUCUCCAUGACGCGGAAAGAGUUUGUGAGACUAGGCCUUCACAAGAAGCUCUCUGCGCCGAGAAGACCCGCUCUCUUCGGGUUCGCUUCUGGCCCAUUGGCCCACAGUGACGGUUUAAGCGCACCGGCGCCAGCUACGACAGAGGACAGGAUUUUUCUGACGGCCGUGCUUCGGGCCAACGUGAACAUCAGACACCUGCUGGACAGUGGCUGUAGGUUGGACUCGCUCGUGGACAGCGCCAAGCGGAAGACGGUGGAACAAGGCGCAGAUGUCUUCAGCAGCGACAAGGUGGCGCCAGAGAUCAUCGUCGUGCUGCAGGGCUCCUUCGACGUCAUACACUCGGACAAGGUCGAGUCCAACCAGAAGUCUGCGGAGGCCGCUGCCGUCAGGAUUAUGACGCUGAACAAGGCCGAGGAGCACCAGCCGUCGAUGGUGGAGGCGCGCAGCGCGCCGGCGAACCUCUCGGCGAGGGGCGGCGAAGACGAGGCCGACUCCAACGACGAGUGCGCCGCCUCGUGCCCCGUGCGCAUGCAGUCGGCCAUGGUCAUGAGCACCCCGAGCGCGAUCACGAACAAGAAGGAGGUCUACACGAGGCCGCGCCACAACAGCGUGGCCAGGUCCAGCAAGUCCCCGAGGCUCCGCGCGGGCGACUCGGUCGCGUGGUCGGGCGCGCCCGGGAAGCGGCCGCGGCUUCCGGUGCCGGGCGCCAGGAGGAGGAGCAUCCGCGACGCCCUCCAGAUGGGGCAGCUGCGGCCGGUCGCGGAAGCGUCCAGGGACGAGGAGGACGAGGUGGGCACCGUCGUAGACGUCUCCGACAACCGGGUGGUCGUCUGGUUCAGCAGCGUCGGCCAGCAGAUCGUCAUGCCGGAGGACGUCGUGAAGAGGGGCGACGGCGAAAGCCGCAAUCGGCGGCUGAAGCGCGGGGACUGCUUCGGUGAGGUCUCCGUCGUGUACGGCGCCAAGCUUGGGGCGACCCUGAAGGCGCGCGAGAAGUCCUUGGUGUUGUCGAUCCCCAGGAGGUGCAUCAAGGUGGCCAUCCGAGGCGAGAGCCCAGACGUCGACCAGUUCGAGAUGCUGCUGAAGGAGGUGAAGCUGCUGGGGCCCCUGCUGUCCGCCGAGGUGCGAGAGAUAGCCCGCAACGCGCACGGCAGGAAGACGUUCGAGCCGAACGCUGUUAUCCAAGUGGAGGGGAGCGUCCGCAAGGACACGCUGUGGUACGUUGUGGAGCGGGGGGACUGCAAGGUGUCCACCAGGGAGAAGGGCGUCAUCAGCACCCUCAGUAGGGGGAAGCACUUCUCGAAGAAUACUCUGUGCUCUGUGCUCAGAACCUCGGGACAGAUGCCGACCAGCAGGUGA